CUCUAUCAACCCAGCGAAUACUCCUCAUUCCUCCUUCUCCAUCACUUUUGCCCAAUUUCUAGGGUUUUCUAAAACCCAAAUUCUGCUCAUCAAAUUGACAGAAAUCCUUCUCCAUCAACUCGAAAUGACUCUAGUGCUCAUGGGUUCGUCAAGAAUUGAUUAGAAUGGAGCAUGUUGCUCGUUGCAAGCUAUGGUGAAGUACGAAGUUUGAGCAAAGAAGAAGACAACUUGGUUCUGCUCUAUAUUUAGAGGAAAUAGCUUAGGGAAGCAGCCAUGGUGAGGAAGAAAAUUGCUGGAGUUGGCCACUUUCAAGUGGUUGACCGUAGCAUUGAUGGAGAGACAGAAUUCAGAAAGUGGGAUAUGACUUAUGAGCUAUGUCUUCUCUCUGAAACCGGUCCAGUUCCAGAGCCUAGACCAGAAGUUGCCGGAAUUGAAGUUCCCCCCACAUUUCAUAGGGUUGUCAGAGGCACCAUUGGGAAGAAGAGAGUGGAAAGAGUUAUUGACAUGCCUCUACCGGAAGGAUCAAAACUUCAGAUGAUGGGAGACUAUGUUCAAGCCACAAUGGACGCCUUUGAUGAUCCAAUGGAGCUGCCAUCUGAGCACCAAAGCUGCAGCAGUCAUGUACCUCCACCACAAGCCAAGGAAAGUGCCAAAACCAAGCCGGGAGAGCCACCAUUGAAGCAAACACGUUCCAGCAACAAUGCACCUCAACCGGAAAGAAAACAGAAGGCUAAAGACAACAACAAGAAGUCACCAUCAAAGAGGCAAGCUCCCUCACAACCUACAGCCCAACCGAGAAGCAAAAAGGUCAAAACUACUACAAAAUCAAAAUCGGCAGCAACAAAAAAGUGGAGUAGAUGUCUCAGCAACCUUCGGUAAACCUCUCAUUCCUCCUGAACAUAUGGAGAAAUACAAGAUUCUUCUUGCUCGGCCGGUAAUUCCCUCUCAAUUUAUGGAUAUGGAUGUGCUGAAAAUCACUAGAAUAGAGGAGAAUGUUCUGA